AGCCGGCGCUUCCACAUUCUCCUGUGGCUGAAUAAGGCAUCGGAUGAGGAACUGAGCAGUAAACCGCUGCAUACCCCCUCAGCUCUUGCAGUGGGGUGUUUCAACAGCUUCGUUGGAUAUGUUCGCAAGGCCGGGUGGUUUGGUUUAUGACACCACGGAGAGAGCACGGUAGAGGUGCGCCGUCGCCAGCGCGAGAGGACCCCCGUGUGCGGCGACCUGGCCACGCAGCGUUCGUGGGCGCCGUCGGUCUGAUCGCGGCUGCCGUGUGCGUCGCCGUACCCAUCGGGUUGCGCCUGAGCCUGAUACGUUGCAAGGGCAGCGAGUGCCUGUCGCUAGAGCGGGACAUGAAGCGCGCCAUGGAUCCCAGCGCGGACCCGUGCAGCAACUUCUACCAGCACGUCUGCGGCCAAUGGGCCAGUGGAAAGACGGACUUCGCAUAUGUCACCUACAAGUACAGGAACUCCCAGGACAAGGACCUGAUGUACGAACUGGUGACGGGCGUCUCGCUGACUCCGAAUCGCCAUCAGACCACCCGUGAUAAGCUGGCCCUGCUGUACCUCAGCUGCCACGCAGAAGUUAACGACGAGGAGUCCAUUGGCGAAUUCCUACGUGUCCUUGGACUGACCUGGCCCAAGCGUUCCCACUCAAGUGCCUUCGAGGUUCUGGACAUUAUGGCGGCCGCGUCGCUGGAUUACGGGUUCUCACUUGUCUGGACAUUCGCGAUAGGCCGACACCCACGAAGGCCUCGACAGAGCGUGAUUUAUGUGAUGCACGACAUAGGGUUAUUCCUAUGGAACGCAAUGACCUCGGAUCUGGCGAACGAAAACCAGCUUACGUAUUUUCUGCGCCUCUGUGCUGAACGUGUCGGUACAGCCGGGCAGUCCUACGACCCUAUGAUCAACGACGUCGUUAGUACACACGAGGCGAUAAUGCACAUUCUCAGCAACGAAUACGCGGCCAGCUACAUACCCGAGUACAUGAACUACAGCGACGCGAGCCUGAGAAGGGCCGUGAAUCGCCACCUGCCUGACCGAUCACAGGAAUGGUCACCGGACAUUUUGGUGUGCCUGCAGCUCGAGCAGUUCUCCCGCUUCCUCGACGAGCUACGCAGUCCGGAGAAAGCCGCUAGCUUAAAGCUUUACCUGGGCGCGUACUUGGUAUUUAAGAUGAUGACCUUUGCGUCGCGACACUUAACAUACGCUAUGAUGAAAUCAAAAGGCGCGCUUUCCCGAAUCGACCGGUACGUGAUGGCGCAGUGCACGGACCUGAUCGACACUGCCUUGCCCCUGACUGCCCGAAAGUUCCAGCAGGACAAGAUUGAUCGCGCAUCGCGACUUGCCAUCUUCAACAUCUACGCCCGCGUGCUCCGAGCGCUCGUGGACGUCGUCGCUGGUCACGACAGCGAGAUCGCCUCCAGUAUAGCCGAAUAUGCGCACACGCUAUCCUUAGGUGCCUUCAACUUGACCAUCAGGCAAGAGCAGCUAGAGGCGCUCUACGCAUUCGUACCUCAGCUAAAUAUCGAAAAACUGCGGUCAUUUCUGGACCUGUACACCAUGGUGAUGGACUCUACCCUAACGGUGCUCAAGGAUUCCACCAACGUCCAGAGGGGGAACCUCGCGCAUGUUCCACACUUGGCAACCAUUCCCGUCUACCGUCUUCUAGUGGCACGCGAGAUAGCGAUCCCGCCAUAUGCGUUAUUGUGGCCCGUGUUCCACCGCGAAUAUCCGGCAGCCGUGAACAUGGGGUUGCUUGGAACUUUCAUCGCUCGAGGUCUGGUGGACAUGGUGUUUUACAUGUUCUUCCAGGAUAAGGACUUCCAUCCCCUGCCUCUGGCACAAGUGAAGUUUCCACCCGCGCUGCUAGACUUCAUUCAACGCCUUAGGAGAAGUCUUAAAAGCAGUCUGCAGAGCUUUAGAAACGGGACAACGUCGGGGAUUGACAUCGAGGAGCUGAUGAAGCAAGUCAUCGCGGGACACCUGGUGAGCAGGGCUCUUGCCACGGUGUCGUCGCCGAAGCCCACCGCGUACUUCUCAGCGCUGCCCGCAGAACGGCUCUUGUACAUGGCCAGCUGCUUCAGAUACUGCCAAACGACACCGAAAUUGAGGAGCUUCGCCGCCUGCAACGUGGUUGUGCCGCACCUUCCCGGGUUUGCGCGGGCGUUCGGAUGCAACGUUACGUCGGGCUCCGCGUACUCCUUGGGUGACAUUCCUGAAGCAGCGCCGAAGAACGAGGACGUUGCACGCCGCACUACUGAAUAUGUGACGGUUUAAUACUCCUAUCCGAAGACCAGAUGGAACAGGAGUCGAUCCUUGUUUUUAUACGUUUUGUUGUUCAAUUUACCUGUCUAUUUAGUUGGUUCCAAUCUUCCUGAAAUAUGUAUUUGUUUAUUCCACGAUUUCACUUGUCGAUACAGCGCUUUCAUAUAUCUCCAGCUAGCCUGACCGCAUUGGUAAAGCCUUUCCGUAUGUUGCUACUGAGCAAAAAAAAAGUAAUUUUAAUACUUUUACUACUUAUAAUAAUCUAUUGGAUGAAUGAGUGCACAAAUGAAGACCACACAGUGCGCGAUGGGGGAACAUGGAAGUCGCACGAGAGAAAGCAACAAGGUUCUCAGCGGGCGUGUAGAUGUCUAUUCUGCAACGAAAAGGUCCCAAAGAUGUUGAGUGGACUCUUACAAGCACUCAUUUUCACGACUCGUACAUAGAAUAAUAUCGUAGCGACAAUGCCAUUACCGCGAAGGACAUGGCCUGGACAGCCGUGGGGAACGAUCGCAUUUGUGCAUGUGUUUGAGUGCGUACGCGCGCUUUUGUGUAUACAUGUGUUCUCUUCUGUGCGCAUGCUGUGUCGUCAACGCAUUGUUCGUGUGUGUGAGUGCAUAAGAAUAGGCUAAGGGUGUGCUGUACUCAUGAUUCGUGCUUGGCUGCAAUAUGUUCACCUUGUGUCCAUCUUAUACCUCCACCUAUUGGCGGCAGUGGCUGGCCGCUCCCGGCACGUUGCUCGUAUUCGCGGGCCUCUUUUACACUCAGAAAAACACUUGUAUGUCGCACGUGUGGAGCAACAGAAAGCUGUAUUGGGGACUGUUU